GAAUAGAGCAGUUGAAAGUCCAAUGUUUAAGAGCUCUUCUCUGGUAAAAGUUUCCAGAGAGGGACGGCAGAAAACAACGUUAAUUAACAAAAACACAAAAAACACUACUGAGGGUAAUCCCGGGACGGCCAUCUUGGUUUUCUAAUAAACCAGAAGACUACUCAGAGACUGUUUAUUAUUAUUAUUAUUAUUAUUAUUAUUAUUAUUAUUAUUAUUAUUAUUUUGAGGAAGUUGAGAAAAACAGAUUUUUCCAACUGGUGAUUCAGCCACACCUGAGACAGAAGUAGGUGGAGGGCUGCCAGUAUUUCUAAAAAGCAUUGUGCCUGAUGGAAUGGCGUCAAAUACAAAUUCUCUAGGCAUAACUGGAAUAUUAUAAAGCGGAACGAAAAGCUCCCGCACUUCCAUUGUCGGAAUCUAACAGUGUGACAUCCGGCGGAAGUAAACAAUACAAGCGCCAGCGUUAGCCGCGUGUAUUGAAUUCUUUGAAUGAGUUAUUGUAGUCGUAGCACCGCUAAUUAUUUAUGAAACAACAAUGUCUUCAGUUGGGAGUUUGAGAGAGUUUGUCAACGAGCGACUAACUGCUGCUGCAGAAGAAAUAUUCAGAGUUUUUAAAAACACUAUCGUCGAGUACGAGGAAGAGAUCGAUCGUCAGCGCAGACUGCUGGAUAUCGUUUGGAAACCCGAAAUAAAGUUACACAGGAUAGAGCUCCCACAGCAACAUGUCUGUAAGGAGGAGGAGGUUCUGGCUGACCAGCAGCUCUGUAUUCACAAGAAGAUCCCUGGUCUGGACCAGGAGGACCCACAGCCUCCAGAGGUUAAAGAGGAACGGGAGGAACUCUGUACCAGUCAGGAGGGAGAGCCGCUUGUAGUGAAGCAGGAGACUGAUACCUUUACCGGUCUGGACCAGGAGGACCCAGAUCCUCACCAGGUUAAAGAGGAACAGGAGGAACUCUGUACCGGUCAGGAGGGAGAGCAGCUUGUAGUGAAGCAGGAGACUGACACCUUUAUGUUGACUCCUACUUAUGAGGAAAGUGACCACAGUGAAGCAGAACUGAAAAGUGACCACCAGCUCCUCUCUCACAACUGUCAUGUAGCUGAGAGCCAAGAUCAGACUCAGGAUCAAGUAGAGAUGCAGAGCCAAAACAAUACGCUAUGCCAUAGAAGAACCCACUCUGGUGAGAAACCGUAUUCUUGCAAAACAUGUGGGAAAUCUUUUAGCCGGAGUUGUCACUUGAAAGUCCACGUGCGAACCCACACAGGUGAGAAGCCGUACCUUUGCAAGACUUGCGGGAAAAGAUUCAGUGACAAUUCAGGAUUUAAAAGACAUAUAAGAAUCCACACAGGUGAGAAGCCGUACCUUUGCAAGACCUGCGGGAAAAGAUUCACUGACACUUCAUCAUUAAAAAGACAUAAAGGAACCCACACAGGUGAGAAGCCAUAUUCUUGUGAAACAUGUGGGAAGGCUUUCACAACUGUACUCUUGAAAAAGCACGGAAGAGGAGAACACACAGAGCUCCCACAGCAACAUGUCUGUGUGGAGGAGGAGGUUCUGGCUGACCAGCAGCUCUGUAUUCAGGAGAGGAUCCCCAGUCUGGACCAGGAGGACCCACAGCCUCCACAAGUUAAAGAGGAACAGGAGGAACUCUGUACCGGUCAGGAGGGAGAGCAGCUUGUAGUGAAGCAGAAGACUGACACCUUUAUGUUGACUCCUACUUAUGAGGAAAGUGACCACAGUGAAGCAGAACUGAAAAGUGACCACCAGCUCCUCUCUCACAACUGUCAUGUAGCUGAGAGCCAAGAUCAGAAAGAAGGCGAGCAUGAAGACUCAGGAUCAACUAGAGAUGCAGAGCCAAAACAAAAUUGCCAUACAGGUAAAAACUCUUUCACAUGUGAGACAUGUGGAAAAGGGUUUCAAUACAUGUCAGAAUUUCAGAGACACGGGAGAAUUCACACAGGUGAGAAGCCGUAUUCUUGCCAAACAUGUGGGAAUUGUUUUAGAGGGAGAAGUGCCUUGAUAGUCCACAUGAGAACCCACACAGGUGAGAAGCCGUAUUCUUGUAAAACAUGUGGGAAAGCCUUCAGAACCAGGGAUCACUUGCAACUCCAUAUAAGAACCCACACAGGUGAGAAGCCAUAUUAUUGCAAAGCAUGUGGGAAUUAUUUUAGAUGGAGAGGUGCCUUGAUAGUCCACAUGAGAACCCACACAGGUGAGAAGCCGUAUUCUUGCAAAACAUGUGGGAAAGACUUCAGAACCAGCAAUCACUUGCAACUCCAUAUUAGAACCCACACUGGUGAGAAGCCGUUUUCUUGUGAAACAUGUGGGAAAGAUUUCAGAGUUAGUGGUGAAUUGAAAAACCACAUGAGAAGAGAACACACAGGUGAGAAGCUUUAUUCCUGUGAAACAUGUGGAAAAGCUUUCAGAGUUUGUGGUCAAUUGAAAAACCACAUAAGAGAAGAACACACAGGUGACAUGCCGUAUUCUUGCGAAACAUGUGGUAAAUCUUUUAGCCAAAGGGGUCACUUGAAACUCCACCUGAGAACCCACACAGGUGAGAAGCCGUACCUUUGCAAGACCUGCGGGAAAAGAUUCCGUGACACUUCAGCAUUUAAAAGACAUAUAAGAAUCCACACAGGUGAGAAGCCGUACCUUUGCAAGACCUGCGGGAAAAGAUUCACUGACACUUCAGGAUUUAGAAGACAUAUAAAAAUCCACACAGGCCAGAAGCCGUAUUCUUGUGAAACAUGUGGGAAAGCUUUCAUAGUUAGUAGUCAAUUGAAAAUCCACAUAAAAGAACACACAGGUGAGAAGCUGUAGCUUUUCACGACGGAAAUAUGUGUUGAUUCAUCUGAUUUGUCAGAUGAAAAAUAAUUUUGUGUCCACGAAAUAGUAUCUCGUGAUAGGCCAUCUCGUGGCCACAAGAUAGUACCUUGUAGCCACAAGUAAAGUGUAUAUAAAAAUUGUCAAAUGUGUGUUGAAUGUAAACUCAUCACCAUUAAAUGUGAAUUUAUCUGAGAAUAUUCUUAAAUAUUCAACAAAGUGUCGUGAAUCAGCUCUAAGACUGACACUUAAGACUUAUUCCUACACUUCAUUUAAAUUAGGACUGAGAUGCAUGAUAACUAAAUUUUAAGCGCAGCUUUGAGCCAAGAAUUCUUUAACUCUUAAGUCAAUUCUUAGCAGUGUAUUUAUGAGUAAAUAAAUACGGGCCCUGAGCUAUGUUGGCCCAGCUUGGACUUAACGCUGCUCCUAAGCCUCUGGACCGGACAAAAUGGGAAAAUCAGAGACUGCUGUGACCAAAUCUUUACAGAGACCUGCUUAUCAACAUUCUGGAUCAAGCUGUCAGCACAAGACUCCAGGGAGGGACUCCGUUUUACAUGAUGAUGCUUGGUGCUAAAAUGCUGUUGAGAUGGAUAGUGUUUCCUAAAUGUCAGACUUUUUAUGUGAGAAUGAUUAACACAUUAUCAUCUUGUUGCUGCUGUUUAAGUUGACCACGGAGCAAAGAAAAACUGCGGAUACCAGUUGCCAUAGAUAUUGUUUUUUAUAUGUUAUCUUAUAUACAGAUAAUUAUCUGUUAAGUUCUGUGUGUAGGCUGCCAUUAAUCAGAGAAGGGUAAUUACACAGCAAAAUGGUUGCCAAAAAGCGUAUACUUGCCUAGACCUAUAUGUGGGGCAUCUUGUAUGACUUUGACUUGAUCAUCUGAGUUUUUAUUCUGAAAUUGCUAUGUAUAUAAAUAACUAUGUUGUUUCAUUUUAUUUUUAGGUGUUCCCAUAUUUGAAUAUUUAACUGUUUAAUUAUCUGUUAAAUUCUGCGUGUGGCAUGAAGCAAGGUUCAAACUACGCAGGAGCUUGGCUUCUCUUAAGACAUGAGCUCCCCUAGAAAAUAUGAUUUGUGACAUUUUGGGGGUCUCUAAAAUGUUGACAAUAUUCUAUUUUUGCCAGCUGUGGUAGCACUGCAGCCAUUUAUUUCUAUUUUUCAGUAACAUGGAUCAUGCGUAAAAUCAGGAGUGUCUGGAUUCAUCCGAAACCUGAUUUUAUGCAUGUUCCAUGAUACAGAAAAAUAAAAAUUAAUGGCUGCAGUGCUAUUGCAGCUGGAGGCUCUCCGCAGCGUCACGCAACUUUCUUUGUUUUUUCAUAAAAAAGUAUUUCAAAUAUGACAAAUGGGAAAGCUUUUAACUACAAGUCAGAAUUUCAGAGACACCACACAGAGCGUACACACAGGUGAGAAGCAGUAUUGUUACAAAAUAUACAGAUAUUCAAUUCAGUAAAAAGAUUUAUAACCUCACAGUUCUGCAACAGGUGAGUCUGUAUUUACAUACAUUACAUUAGAUUUCAGCAACAGCAUUUCUAAGAACAGUCUGUCUUCUACGUCUUUCAAUCUUUGUUUCACAGAGAGGCUUUAAUUAAUGCUGUAGGAUGUAUAAUAGGCAAAAUGUAGCUCAACGUUGACUAGCUACUACGUAUAAAUGUUACAUGUUAGGACAUCAGUGACAUUUGAUUAACGUGCAAAAAUAUUUGCUAAGUAAUACAAAAGACGUCUGUGAGUCAAGCCCACAUCUUAGAGGGAGAUAUUGUACUUUUUACUUUUUUUCACACACAACAUAAGAAAAUGUAUAUAAAAAUACAUUUUUUUUAUAAAUCAAACUACCCAACAAUUUUUACAAGUAGGAGCUGAAUCAGUAUCAGAUUUAUUACCAAGUUGUUUUUACACAGUAUUCUUUUAUCUUUGCCAGCUUUAGGAAUCUGUGUGAUUAAACCUCAUGCUUGAUAUCAGUUCUUUCUUCGAUACACUCUAUCAGUGCUUGGGAUAAAAUAUAUUUCUUACAUCAUUCCAAAAGAUGACAUUUUAUUCAAAGCUUUAUUUACUGACGCUGGAAUAUUCACUCACUGUGAAACAAAGAUUUCUAAGACGUACAAGACUGAUUGUUAUAAGAAGUGCUGUUGCUCAGACAUAAUUGUAAUGUAUGUAAAUAAAUUGACUUGAUUGUUGCUGAACUGUGAGGUUAUACAUUUUUUACUGAAUUGAAACUGUAUAUAAGAAUAUGGCUUCUCCCCUGUGGGGAGGCUCUGGUGUUGCUGAAUAUUUGACUUUUAAAAGCUUUUCCAUUUGACACAUUUCAAGAAGUUUUUAACGCAUUAACCUAUGGUGAAAGUUUUUAGUGUGACUCUUACAUUUGUGAUGACUUUUCUGUGGUUUUGGAUCUGUGUUUGUAGUUGAUAGUCAAUGGUAUUUCUCAAAAUAAACAACAUUA